GCCGCGCGUUGGUUGUGCCUUUUCAGCUGUCUAGCGAUUGACUUUCAAGGCACUUUGGGUGCUUUGAGCUUGUCGCAAGGACUGCGCGGAUGCCGGCACAAAAUUUGUGUUCAUUGACCCGCGCGGCUCUGUCUCAGUGACCUUGACUUUCCUGCUACCGGUAGCGUACCGUAACUCGUAUACUCGUGUCGGAUGGUCACACUCUUGUGGGUUUUUUGACUACGUAGGGUCGCGUUCGUCUCCAAUUAGUUCACGGCGCGAAAGCGCCUAUAUAUAUACGGCUGCUAGGACUUUCUCCGUUCAUUAGCGGAUCGCAUUUUCGAAGCGCGUGCGCAUGUUGCGUCGAUCUCGCGGUUAGCUAUUUUCGGCACACGUUCUGCUCUAGUGUGGCAUAGAGCCAGUAUUUGCGCGCUGUUGCGGUGCCUGGCAUUCUUGUGCACUGUUCCGUUGCGCUGCCUGUAUAUGUGCUAUUUGGCUGCCAGCGCAAGCAAGAAUUCGGCUGCAGCUCGCGUGUGCCUCGGCGUCUUAGUUGGUAGGCGUGACAGGCGUAUUUAUGCAUAGCCUGAUAACAGGGUGGCGUGACCCCCGUAAAAACUCCGGCAGCUUCAGAGCCGUCGCACGGUGAUCAGAUUGCGCAAAAUUAGUUGCAAUGAGGUUCCGCCUACAGAACAAACAAAUGUUGUGAUGUAGCUGUGUUGGACCCCGCUUGAGCGUCCAUCGCUUCGAAUCUGAUAUUGUUUUCGCGCCAAAUUUUGUUUUGAACUGUGCAGCGUAACGUGCUUGUCGCUCAUAGAAUGCGAACUGGCCUGGCGCGGUUGGCACCGCUGCCAUGAAUGAUUGAAUCGCUCGUGCGGUCAGAUACUUCAUGGAUUAGGCUGUGAUCGCAGUUGUCGCCUGCAUUUGGCACUGAACACAUCGCAAAAUGUUAGCACGUUGUAGGUGACGUUGAAACUAGCGUACGCAGCCAAUUAACAGACAUCUACGGCAUCGACCCUCAGUCCUUGCUUCAAGCAACAUUUCCUUUUGCUAAUUCAGCACUCAAAGUGUAAGGCUUUACAAGCUUUUCCUGAAACCUUCGGAAACCUAAAUAUAGGCAAGCACAUUUGUUGUCAACUAAGUUUAGAGCUGACCUCUGUCGAAACUGAUCAGUUGCGAGGCUUAUGAAGCAUGUUACCUUUGAGUGCUAAGGAAGUGGCAGGUGCUGUGCUUCCCGUCUAAAUUCCUGGCCAUCAGGAAGGAAGUACUUCAUGUGGAAAUUACAUUAUUUUCUGUGUAGGAAUUUACCUAGACAGUAAAGAACUGAGUCAAAGGUUGUUUGUCAUUCAUUUCUCAGUCAUUCAUGAUAUUUCUCGAAGAUUGGGUAUGGGACACCUCACCAGUUGCAUGACAUCUGAUUAUAUAGAUGUUAUCCUUGCCACAUCAUCGAAAGGAGAGUCGUGGUACAAGUAAAGGAACUUGUAUGUAUUAAUCCUUCAAGGGGAGAACAUGUCCCCUUUUGGAAACUGCCAUGGCUGGCACUGAAACCUCUUUGUCCAUAUUGCGCAAUACGAUGUUAUUGGGCAAUACCAUGUCAUUUUGUUUCUUGCUGAAUUUGCAUCUAAUCGCGUAUCUUUUACCUGAACACGUCCUGCACAAAGCCAAAUUCAAAUAAGCAUGACUAGCCCAAGCCCACUACUUCAUCCUUUUUGAUUACUCAACUUGGAGCUUGUAACUCUAUUUUCGUAAUUUGACAGUGACAUUGGGAUUCUACAUGCAUAAGAAAAGAGGCAUCCUUAGCACUUCAGUGCCGAGCCAUCUGAGGUCUUGAGGCCAAGGUGUUUGAUACGGUAGAUGUUUUUUGUCACUGUCUCAACAGAACGGAACUGUUCUUACGUGCUUAUUAGCUGCCACAUCUGUUUAGACUCUGAAUCAGUAGGUUGUAAACAUAGGGGUCUGAAACAAAUACUGAUGUAGUUUUCUUUGAGUUGUUUCAAGUUUGCUUGUCAGGUUUGAAGAAUGUUCCACUGUUUUCUUUAUUAAUCCAACACAGUCGCUACUUUUCUCUCGUGCUUGCAUCAGAAGGUAGCAGGAACUUGCUUUCUGAAGGUAGCAUUUGCAUCUUGAGAACUUAAAAUGUCGAGAUUUAUUGUGUCCAAGUUGCACAUAUUGAGAACAAUCGAAAGCGGUGGUAAGCAGGAAGCCCAGCUGUCAUUUCUUGUUGCUGCUUGCCCUCCUUGGAGGUGUGUCGAAGGUGCUUAUUUAAGCACUUUUGACUGUGGGAAACAUUGCAACUACAUGUUACAGCCAGACAAAUCGAGGCCAAAUGGUAAACAACCUUGAUACCCGCCUCCCCUUAUGCAAUAAUUUCCACCUGUUCCCACUUCAUAAACUUCUUUGAUGGCUUGGAUGUCUAGACAGGGCUAACCACUGCCCUUGCGCUCUCACCUGUCUUCGUGUGUGCUCCUGUGUGUGUGUGUGUGUCUGUGCAAAAGCAAAAAAAAAAAAAAGACGAGCCCCUGGUCCAUUCCGGCUACACAUACUAAUCUGCCUCACCUCUUUUAGUUUCCUUUUAGGCGCCCAAGCCCUAACCACCACAAAGACCUCCACUGCUGCUGCUGCUGCUGCCAGCAGCUUCCAGCACCGAUUCGACAGCAGCCCUUACCAUCGCCGCAGGUGUUUCACGGACAGAUAUCCCGCUCAGCUGCUUGCAGUGUCCCAAACAUGGGAGAGAGAGCUAGAGGCACUCUUUGUAGCACUAGCACAUGGUGGACAGGUGGACAAAGGACUGAUGCAGAGUGCAUGCACUCUAGGCUGACUGAAACAGCCCAAGGCAGGCGCAGUGCUCUGUCAACCAGCCAUUGCCCGUGGCCAGAGGAGACCAGCUCGGACUACACUGGGGGAACUCUCGUGCGCAAUGAACUUGGAGAUAGCUCUAGCCCCAGCUUCCUUGUGCUCAGAUCUCUUGCGAUGGCUAGAGAUUCACCGUGAGAAAAAGGUGGGCACCCCGCAUGUUGUGCAGCGGGUGUGGCCUGUGCUUCCAGAUGGUAAACGCGUAUUGACACGGCAGAAAAGAGGGGAAGGAAGUCGUGCACUGUCUUCUUCAAGAGCAACGGGCCUCUGAAGAUAGUGCGUGGCCAGGGCCAGUACAUGUACGAUGAGUCUGGCAAUGCGUACCUCGACUGCAUCAACAACGUUGCCCACGUGGGCCACUGCCACCCGCAUGUGGUCAAGGCUGGCGCCGAGCAGAUGGCAUUGCUUAGCACCAACAGCCGCUACCUGCAUGACCACCUGGUGCUCUACGCUCAGCGGCUCACAAACUACUUCCCAAACAAGCUCUCAGUCUGCUAUUUCGUUAAUUCAGGGUCCGAGGCAAAUGACCUUGCUAUGAGGCUGGCGAAGUGUUACACAAAGAACAAAGACAUCAUUUGCCUUGACAGUGCUUACCAUGGCCACCUGCAGUCCACCACGGCCAUCAGUCCAUACAAAUUCAACCACAUCAUUGGCUGGCAGAAGAAAAAAUCUGUACAUGUGGCUCCCCUGCCCUGCACUUACCGGGGCAAGUACCGUGACUGCGACUACCCACCUGGCACUGACCUGGGUCUCAUGUAUGCCCAAGAAGUUCUCAACCUGAUUGAUCAGGCCCACUCGGAUGGUCGCCGCAUUGCCGCCUUCAUCCACGAGUCUCUUGUCAGCUGUGGUGGGCAGUUUCCUUUGCCCAAGAACUAUCUGCGCAAUGUCUACCAGUAUGUUCGAGAAGCCGGUGGCGUCUGCAUCGCUGAUGAAGUCCAAACUGGAUUCGGGCGUGUUGGAGAGCACAUGUGGGGCUUCCAGCUUCAGGGGGAAGACAUCUGCCCCGACAUUGUAACCCUGGGCAAACCAAUUGGCAAUGGCCACCCAAUUGCCAUGGUGGUGACUACAAAAGAAGUCGCAAGCAGAUUUGAAGCUCAAGGUGCUGAGUACUUCAACACAUAUGGUGGUAAUCCAGUGUCCGUGGCAGUGGCUUCUGCAGUGUUGGACGUCAUUGAAAAUGAGAAGCUGCAGCAACAUGCCAAGGAAGUGGGUGCCUACCUCCUGGCCUCGCUGCGAGAGCUUCAACAGAGGCAUCCUCUCAUUGGUGAUGUCCGGGGUCGUGGACUUUUUGUGGGUGUGGAACUAGUCCUUGAUCGAGAGACAAGGGAGCCUGCUGGAGAACAAGCCAGUGUGCUCUCUCUCAGGCUCAAGCAAAAUGGCGUGCUGCUGAGUACAGAAGGCAAGUACGGCAAUGUGCUCAAGUUCAAGCCACCCAUGGUGUUCAACCGUGACAAUGUGGACACUGUCGUAUCGAAGCUUGACAUUCUGCUUACGAAGAUUGAAGAUGAGUGUGUGGACUUGCGCUACAACUUUGCCAAUGUUGCACGGUCACUUGCCAGCAGCGCGGAGUCUCUCUCUACAGCCUCGUCAAUCGACUCGCUUGAGGAGAGCUCCGAGGAAGAUGUGUCGUCCUCCUCGUAGGCUCUGCCUUGGGAAUACCUUUGUGACAGAGAAACGAGUAGCUUUUUUUUUUUUUUUUUUCUGCACAGCCACUUUUAAAUCGAGUGUCCUUGUCUGUAAUCUGUUCUACAUGUGCAUUUGGAAGUUUAUUUUGCAUGCCACCCUGUGUCAUGCUAUGAUGCGCAGCUUUGUUUCUAGGCUAGCACACAAGGAAAAGAUUGCUUCUUGAGAAACGAGAGCAGGGUUUACUUAAACCAGAUGCUAUUUUUGACAAUAUCGUGGUAGUUCAUUUCUGUGGUAUCGUUCUAAAAAAUUGUCAUCAUUGCUGUGUACUUUGCUUAAGUUUCUAUCAUUUAUUUCUUCGCCCUAGACUGCCAUCGCAGAGACUAUGAAUGUAUAUAUAGGCAUUGUUGUUUUUAUGUCAACAUGGUCAGUAACAUGGCAAUGUCUUUGCUUUUGCCAGUACAAAUAUGCAGCUUCCUCUGCCACUCUCCGAGUGGCAGUCAAGUACGUCAUAGAUUGAAGUUUAGGUGGUGUUGCUUGCAAGAAUUGCCACUUAGUCAACAUUUUUGGUAAUAUUUCAAGCUAGUGCAAGAUUUUGCAUUGAAGUGCCCCUGUUGUCUUCCACUUGCCGUUAUUUAACUGUGGCAAAAAAAAACGAGAACUUUUUUUUUUUUUUUCAGUGGGUCGCGAGGAUACUGAUAUAUUGCCUAUGUAACAAGUUUUCUAGUUAUGUGCAAGUUAAUGCUGUAUUUAGAAGUGGUUGUGCAAGGAAGAUGCUCAGUCUUGAGUAGUCGUGUUUUAGCUGCCACCUUUGAGGUUUCGGCCUAGUGGCUUUGUUUUAUUCUUUGGUGCACCUGGCGCAAUGCCUUGCUAACUUAUUUGUUUUCCUUCAGAGUGCUUAAUGCACAUCAUCCUCUGGAGUUGGAAUUUUUAUUGACUGGUAUCCAGUUGUCAUUUCACACGUAUCAAUCUUGUUUUAAAGAGGGGCAUCGCCUGUCCUUUCUUUCAGCCAUGCUUAUUCAUUGGAGCCUAAGUAUUGCGUGUUGUGUUCUAUUCAUGUGUUUGGCUCGGUUUUUGUGUCUCCUAUCACAUGCAAGUGUCCUAGGCUGGAGGCAGCAACUGAUAAGCUUCAUUCUCCACAGUCCUCAUCAGCUGAUGUCUCCAGCUCACGGCUGCUGUCUGGUGGCAUUGUGUUGGUCUCGCGAGACUUCAUUUGACUCGGUAACAUGUAGGGGUGUGUGAAUCUUCCAAACUUUUGAAUAACAAAUUGAAUAGUGACCAACUCAAAUCAGUCUUAAAUAGUCACUUGAAUAGUCAGAAUUGAAUAGUCACUAUUCAUAAAUGCAGAUGUUUUUCGAAUAUUUCCUAAUGUCAACUGCACUCAAAUACACAUAAAAUUGUAGCAAAAGUAUCGUAAUGUUUCACCCUCGCAGACGUAGUAUAGGCGUAAAACAUACCUUGUGUAGUGGAGCAGGCUACGUCGCUUAGGUAGAUGAGGAGCCCUGUGCCUGCGAAGGCAUGACUUGCUUGCUUCUGCUCCAUCUGUGCUUUUAAUAAACAAAGCUUCAUAGCACACCAUGUAAAGAUGCGAAAUUGCCAGCCUUAAAGAUACUGGGAUGUGAACAUAAUUUUCUAUUGUGAUAACGGCUAUUAAUUAUUCGAAAGCUAUUUGAAAACUGUUCGAUUUGCUUCUGGUACUAUUUGAUACGAUCUCAAAAAUCUCUAUUCGCACACCCCUAGUAAUGUGUCACUGCCACAUAUUUUGAGCAGGGCAGUUGACAAUGCUUGUAGCUUUCUCAUCAUUCACUGCCUGCUCUUGGCCCACUCUACUGGGUGAGGCAAGGAGGAUGGAUUCUUUCUGUAUAUUAUCUUCUUGCUGAUAAUUCCAGUCUUCCAUAGUUUAUUUUUCGCUCUCUUAUACAGUGUCUUCUACAUGUGUUGUAACGUAUGCAAACUAAAUGGCAGGCUUGAUGCCAUUCCUUAUACAUAUAUAUAAUGUUAGAAUGACUUCCUGCAAUAAACGGAGCCUAUGAUUCUGUCAAGUGCUGUA